CGCAUGGCGCCUCAUAUGCUCACCCGAAUCACUUUACGCGCUCCGCGCGCGACGCGUCUCCUUGAAACGCGAUUCCCCUUCCUCUAAAUCCAUGGCCCGCCCAUCGAUUCUCCUCUGCGCAGAACCUCCCUCAACUCUCGCUCACAGAUAGGUCGUGCACAAUGGCGCUCAGUACUACUCAGCUUCGCGAUGAAGCGGUCCGCGACAGAAUCAGACUCGCAACUGAGUUCCUCGACCCCACCGACGAUGAAGCCCGAUCCUAUCGCGCCGACAUCGUUCUGAUGCUGAACCGUGGUCUGAGACGACUUGUGGUCAGCAUUGACGACAUUCGAGCCCAUUCUCGAGAACUCGCCGACGGCAUCCUGCACAAACCAUUUGACUACUCCCUUGCCUUUGAUGCGGCGUUGAAAAAUGUCAUUGGCACCAUACCAAACCGUGCCCCUUUCGAGCAAGAUGAAGACCGAUUAUAUUACGUCGCAUAUUCGGGAUCAUUUGGAGAGAACACCUGCAAUCCCAGGACACUGGGCAGUUCACUACUCAACAGAAUGGUUUGUCUUGAAGGCAUCGUCACAAAGUGCAGUCUCGUCAGACCAAAGGUUGUCAAAAGUGUGCACUGGAAUGAGAAAAAGGGCACAUUUAUGUUUAGAGAAUACCGGGAUCAGACUAUGAGUGCCAAUGCACCCGCAAGUCUCAGUGUGUAUCCACAGGAAGAUGGAGAGGGAAAUCCUUUGGUCACAGAGUACGGCUAUUGUACCUACCGCGAUCACCAAACAAUCAGCAUCCAAGAAAUGCCUGAGCGAGCGCCGGCAGGCCAACUUCCCCGCAGCGUCGAUGUUCUUCUCGACGACGACAUGGUUGAUCGGGUCAAGCCUGGGGACCGCAUCCAGCUCGUGGGCAUCUUCAGGUCUCUCGGGAAUAGAAAUGCUGGAUCGGGAUCUUCGAUCUUUCGGACCCUCAUCUUAGCCAACAAUAUCGUCCUCUUAUCCUCAAAAGCCGGCGGAGGAAUCGCUCAAGCCACGAUCACGGAUCAGGACGUGAGAAACAUCAACAAAAUGGCCCGAAAGCACAAUGUAUUCGACUUGCUGUCACAAAGUCUGGCGCCCAGUAUCUAUGGUCACGACUACAUCAAGAAAGCAAUCCUGCUCAUGCUCUUGGGCGGAAUGGAGAAGAACUUGCCAAAUGGCACCCACUUGAGGGGCGACAUCAACAUCCUCAUGGUGGGCGACCCUUCCACGGCCAAAUCUCAGCUUCUUCGCUUCGUGCUCAACACCGCACCAUUGGCAAUUGCGACCACCGGCCGAGGCUCCUCCGGAGUUGGUCUUACCGCUGCUGUCACCUCCGACAAGGAGACCGGAGAAAGAAGGCUCGAAGCCGGUGCCAUGGUUCUUGGAGACCGUGGUGUAGUGUGCAUCGAUGAAUUUGACAAAAUGAGCGAUGUUGAUCGUGUGGCCAUCCACGAAGUCAUGGAACAACAGACCGUCACCAUUGCUAAAGCCGGUAUCCAUACCUCCCUGAACGCCAGAUGCAGCGUCAUUGCAGCCGCGAACCCCAUUUUCGGCCAAUAUGACAGCAACAAAGAUCCCCACAAGAAUAUUGCCCUUCCCGACUCCCUUUUGUCUCGUUUUGAUCUCCUUUUCAUCGUUACCGACGACAUUGACGACACUAGAGAUCGGGAGGUUUCCGAGCAUGUCCUUCGCAUGCACCAGUACCGCCAACCAGGGACUGAAGAGGGCGCUCCCGUCCGGGAACAGUCCAAUCAAAUGCUGGGGGUUGGCGUCCAAGAAGACCAGAAUGCCAACCAAACGUCGCUCGUCUACGAGAAAUUCAACGUGGUGCUUCAUUCCGGUUUCAUGGCCGGUGAAAGGACAAGAGGAAACAAGAAGGUUCAACCUGUCAGCAUGGCCUUUAUCAAGAAAUAUAUUCAGUAUUCAAAGAGUCGAUGCAAGCCUGUACUGACAGAAGAGGCAAGUGAAUAUAUAGUCAACGCCUACGCCAACCUUCGGAACGAUGAACUACAGGCAAAUAAGCGCAGAACCAGUCCCAUGACAGCAAGAACAUUGGAGACGCUGAUCCGGUUGUCGACCGCCCAUGCAAAGGCCCGAUUGUCGAGCAGGGUUGAAGAGAGCGAUGCCGUUGCUGCGGAAGAGAUUCUCAAAUUUGCCCUCUUCAGAGAAAUUGCGGUCAAAGAUAAAGAUGGUGGCCGAACCAAGAGACGCAAGACUGGUGCGAAUGAUGAUUCUUCGCAAGCGGAUAGCGAAUCCGGCAGUGACGACAACGAUAGCGACGAUGAUACUCCGUAUCGGGGAACAAGGUCAAGCGGUGCCCGUGGAACAAAGCCACAGACAAGGAGUCAGCGCUCGACCCGCGCCAACACUACAACAAAUGGCGCGUUGAAUGGAAGAGCCAAUGGCAACGCAAAUGCUGGAAGCGACGAUUCAGCAGAAUCAGACGUGCAGCCUAGGUCCUCCCGAAGUCAGCGACAGACAGGUGCAGAAUCACAAAUGUCCCGCAUGAGCAUAGCCAGCUCCAUACCCAGUUCCCAGCUACCAUCCACUCAAGCAGACUCACAAUCCCAAGGUCUGGAGACAACACCGUCCGGGAGUCAACAACAGCCAUCUCCAGCAGAUUCAGGUCCAAGCAUCUCGCAGCCACGUCUUGCAUCAUUCCGUGCGGCCCUGGGCCCCCUGAUUCAGACGUCAUUGUUCCAGAAUGACAUGGCUACUGUUGCGGAUGUCACUGCUGCCGUCAAUCACCGCGUGUCUGAGAGCCAUGGGACAGAAUUCUCACAGGAUGAGAUUACUGCUGCACUCAGAACAAUGAAUGAGGCGAAUCAAAUAAUGUUCUUGGAGGACAGCGGAGAGGUUUACAUCCUGUAGAGAAAGAAUGAUUGGAUUUUUGUACCGCAAGGGAUGGUCACAUGUGCGAAUGCCAGGCGCUGAGUGAUAUAGUAUUGAUGUCCGAUUACAAUGAUUAGUGAAAUGAUUUUCUCCCACA